AUGGCAACGAAUGUGCCGUCCUACCAGAUGACAGUUCAUACAGGACUGCAUCGCUCAAGAACCGAAAACCGUUAUGUGCCUGCCACGGUUUCAGAACCACUGAUGCCACCUUCAACUAAGAACGACUCGUUGCCGGCGAUUCCGCCCCAUGAAAUCUCAACGGACACUGAACCCGGCGCAAUUCCUGACUAUUCGGCGACAAUGCCUUGUGAAACUGAGGGAAACAAAGUUCGACAGACUGUCGCUCAUAUGGAUGAGUUUAAAGGCCAAGAAGAUGUCUUUCUUCGCCUUUUACUCUCGCGCCAUCAUCACUCAACACUUUUGACACCUUGCGGAUGUGGAUCUCACCGUCGUCGAACUUGCUGGAUCAACAAACAUCGACAUUUGCCUACUCACUGGGCCCUUGUGUGGAACGAACUCGAUAGCUUCUUCGAACGGACUGACUUCAGCCGCGUCAUGAAGAAUGCGGUCAUUGCGCUCGGCCACAACGGAGACAAGUGUCCCAAUGCAACACUGGCCCGUUCUUUCACUCUUGUCGAUUUAAACGGUAUUCAUGCGACUGCCGUCUCCUUCUGUCGCUGCCGCACGACCGAGUCCGAAAUGGGGGAAACCGAACCAAAGACAGGGUAUACUUUGAAUGUGCUCGAGUAUUACAAACAGGAGCACAACCAAGGGAAAGGCUCGAUGUAUAACUUCGUGCAUGUUCUUCAACGAAUGGCUGACCCAUUCUUUGCAAGUGCUGUCCCUGAUAUCUAUGCCAACUUCCUAGCCGUCGUGCGAUUUUAUCAAUACCUGGACAUUCUCUUGUGCCGAGGACAAGCACAUGAUUUCCUUGGUAACUUGUGCGCGGCAUGCCCCGAGCGCGGCGUCAACAUGCCGUUGAAAGUCACCUACCCACGAUAUCUCCGUCAUCUUGUUUCGCAACAUAUCACACUCGAUGGCAACUUCAAGGUGAACCUGUUUCACAAGCGCGACAAUGGAAGCGAUCAUGCUCUAACGGAUGGGAAGAUGUAUUUCCCUGUCCAGGCGGAGUAUAACCAUAUUGCUGCGACAUAUGUCGUGCCGAAUGAAGAUACGGAGGCGCCAUGUCAAGCACAUAUUGGUUCAAUUCGUCACCAGGGUAAGGCCAAGUACGGAAAUACCGCCAUUAGCGGUGUUGUCGGUUGUGCAUGUGAUCAUGCCGUCCUUGGAUCCUUGGUUGACAUGCUGGUCGGGGAGGCGUUUGCACUGGGGACCUAUGCCCAACGUGAAUUCCUACGACACAUCAAUUCGCCACCACAUCUGUCCGAGUCGCAAACACCCUUAGUUGGCAGUUAUGAUAGUUGGUGCAUUUUCGUCAAGAAUUUGCGCACCCGAGCUGUCACACUCUUCCCUGAAGCAAUAUGGCUUCACGAUCUUCUAGACAAGAUUGAGGGUCAAAUUCCUGCCGACCACAUCAACGAUCAUGGACGACUGUUAGCAGCUGAGCGACAAGAAGCACUCCAGCUGUUUGAGCUACACAUGUCUGUUGUGAUUGACCUCAGCCACCAGCAUGCUGCCGAAGUCGUAGAGUGGUCGAAGAUGUCCCGAAACGCGUAUCAGGGCCUGGACGGGGAUUGGCACAGUGUAUACCAGCACACAUCAAAAGCAGGCAUGUUCUACUUUGUUACGAUCGAAGAUGUCCUUGCUGCAAUGGUGACCAAGGAGCGUGAACGUCAAACACAUCAGGAUGAAGUUUCUCAUACGGCGCCCGUUGCUCACUGGAUUUGGAAUGGUAUGAAUAUACAGCGCCAACACUUUUAUCGUCACACUUCUCAAGACUCACAACGACCAUCCCAUGCAAGAAACAUUCGAGUCUAUUACCAAGCUUCGCAAAGUCUUAAUCGCGAACUCAAGCCGUUCCGAGAACAACAACGCUCAAUCUAUCCACGGUUGACCCUCAGUGCGCUAGAUUCAAAUGAGCCAGAACUAGCAGCCAUUCAACUGCCCUCGUAUCGCAUGAAACACGGGCAGCGCUCUCCAUCGAGUAUCAGCGCUUGUGAUGCUGAGUUGCGUGAUGCGGAAAUCGAGCUGCGAUGCAGUCAGCUCGAGAACGCAAUUCAAGCUGUUCGGACGGCAUCCUUGGGGCUUUCUGCUGUCAAGAAAUCCAGAGACCUCGAUUUUCGUGGGCAGGCAGGUAUCACACGGUCUAAACGAAAUCUUCAAAAUGCGGAGUUGAUGAAGGCAUUCGAGAUCGCACAGUAUAACGAAAAUCGGGAUGCAUUGGUGCAUCUGGGCCAUAUUUGCAGCGAUGAUAUUGAUACCUUCCCACCACUUAGCAAUCGCGAUACGCGUCGCAAGGACACGCAUCUUCACCGUGCCACUGGCGAUUCUCGUGUGUUUGAUGGGACGGCUUGGUACCUGCAGAGCGGCACAAGAAUCCCCGAUAUGGAUCCAACUCAGAACCUCCUUCUGACUCGCCGCCUUGACUCUGAGAGCGAGAGUGAUGAGCCUCAGGCUCAACUCCUUACGGGUACUCAAACUCUGAAGCGGAAAGGUUUCACCAAAUCUCCGCGUCCAGCAAAACGUCUGAAGGACAUCUUGCCACCAGCUCCAACAAACAUCACAGUACUCUCAUCGGCAGAGGAUAGUGAUGACCCACUUACCCAGAGUCCGGUUAAGCAUACCCAACUCCGCAAGAAGAAGAAGGACAAAAAGGGAGACGGGUGGAUUUGGCUUGAGAACUGGGUCAACAAACGCGGGCUUACCGACGAGAAACUCCAGGCAUAUAAGCUAGAAAGUGACCGCGUCCAGUAUUUCCGUGCUGAAGCUGAGAUGUACCGGUGGUUGGAGCAGUACGAACGAAAGCAUGCAGAGCUGUUCCGCGUGAUUGAGCGAUUCCAUCGGGAUGCAGUUGUGUGGACAGGGCUUGCUGAUCGCCAUCAGCAGCAAAAUGGUCAUGUUGAUGGGGCAGUGACCUUUGCACGCAUGCAAGCAGCAAUGCAUCGCCGCUUACAGCAUAAUGCGGAAGUUGUGUUCAAAGAUGCUGAAUCAGGUGCACAUCACGACUGGGUUAGUGCAACUUCAUUUGAUGACUUGGUUAUCAAAAUCGACGCAUGGCGGGAUGCUGUGUUUGGCUGGAUGGACAAAAUGAAAAUUCACCGGGCGUAUAAAGAAUUCUAA